AUGAACCUGGUGGGGAAGGUUCCAGUGAAGGUCACAGUCCACCUGACAGCCUCUCACCGACAACAGAGGAAGAAAGAAGUGAUCUGGAAAAAUCAGGGCGUUCUUUCCAAAGGGAUAGAGUUCAAGGGCAACAGCCUGGUCAUCAAGAGCCCCGGGCAGUACUUUGUCUACAGUCAGGUGGUCUUCUACGGCAGUAAAUGUCGGGGUCGGACGGUCUACCUGAGUCAUGAGCUGGCCAGGCUGUCAGCUUCCUACAGAACCAAGACCCCGCUGGUCAAAGCAAUGAAGACCGUCUGCCACAACCGCACCCACGGGGUCCCAACAGCCCACGGCCCUGCCACUGCAGGGGGUCCCUGGUACGAGACCAUCUACCAGGGAGCCAUCUUCGAGUUGGCGGAGGGAGAUCGGAUCUUCUCCAGAGUCAGCACCGACGCAGCACGUUACGUCAACACUGAGAGAGGAAUGACCUACUUUGGCCUAUUCGCUUUGUGA